CUUAUAUCUCCGGUCCUAAUUCUCUCCUUGAACUCCUAAAACCCCCUCAUCAAUGGCUUCAUCUAAAUUCUCCGAUCAACCUCCUAUCCCUUACGACCCCCUCCCCUCCUAUCCACCCCAACCACACCAACAACCCCAAUACAUUAUCGUUCUACCUCAAUACUACCGUACCCCUCGACAAUUCCUCCGGCGACCUACCCGUCGCUACGUUUAUUGCGCCGCCGUGUUCAUCCUCCUCUCCGCCGCACUUUUUUUUCUAUGGCCCUCUGAUCCGGAACUCUCCAUUGCCCGGCUCAAGCUCCGGCACCUUAAAGUCCAUUCAUUCCCCAAAAUUGCAAUCGACGUUACCCUGGAUGUCACUGCUAAGAUUCGUAAUAAGGACUUUUAUUCCGUCAAUUUCCGUUAUGUAGUGAUUUCUAUCGGGUAUAGGGGUAAGCAGCUCGGGCACGUUAUAUCUGAUUAUGGUCGUAUUAAGGCUAGGGCAUCUUCCUAUGUCAACGCUACGCUUGAGCUAACCGAUAUUAGCAUUUUCUCUGAUUUAAUUCCAUUGAUUGAGGAUUUGGCUAGGGGCUCUAUUACUUUUGAUACUGUUACUCAGAUUGGUGGUGAGCUUGGCUUGGUCCUCUUUGAUAUUCCCAUAAAGGGAAAAGUGGUGUGUGAAAUUGUUGUGGACACACGCAAUGAAACAAUUUCUCAUCAGAACUGCUACCCUGAGUGACUCGGUUUGUGAUGGAAUUGUGAAUUAAUGGAAAUGGAUAAGAGGACAAGUAUCCAAACUCUGCUCGAGGCCUUGUAAAUGCUCUAUGAUCUUUAUGGAAUUGGUGUGCGUUUGAUUACGUUUCAAGGGUUUCGAUUAUCCCAAGCUUUAGUGAACUGCAUAUUGGGCUCCCCAUUAUUGUAAUUAUCAAGGCUUUUCGUGUUUGUGGGGAACAACAUUCACACGUCUGACGUGUUCUUUCUGUAAUACUAGUAGCAUGUACCAUUUAUUCUAGGAAAACCAUGCCAAUAUAACGACAUAAUA